GGCGACGAAUCGUCUCUUCUUUGCAAUUUUCUUUUGAUUGUGAGAGAGAGAGAGAGAGAGAGAGCGAUCCUUUGCCCUGCGUACAAGUCGACGCAUCCCCAAAAGUCUCUUCCUUUUUCUUUAAUUCAAAAUUCAAAAACUUUAUCGGAGACUCGAGAGAGGUUAUGGUGAAGUCAUCGGAGGGUGUUUCGUCUUCGUCAGUGGCGCCGUUCCUGAGGAAAUGCUACGAGAUGGUCGACGACUCUUCCACUGAUUCCAUCAUCUCGUGGAGUGCUAAUGGAGACGACAACAGCUUCGUUAUCUCGGACACGACCCUCUUCUCUGCUCAGCUCUUGCCUAAAUACUUUAAACACAGCAAUCUCUCUAGCUUCGUCCGUCAGCUCAACAUCUACGGUUUUAGAAAAGUUGAUGCGGAUCAUUAUGAGUUUGCGCAUGAUUGGUUUGUCAGAGGUCGAAAGGACUUGCUAAAGAAUGUUAUCCGGAGGAAGAAUGUUCAGAGUAGUAGUGAUCAUCAGAGCAAAAGCGUUUCCAGAAAACAGGAAAGUACAAGUGAAACUUGUCAGGAAGUUUAUCCUGAGCUGUGGAAAGAAGUUGAUAUCUUAAAAGGGGAUAAGAAGGCAUUGGCGCAGGAGCUUGUCAAAGUUAGGCAGUACCAGGAGGUUACUGACACGAAGAUGCUUCACUUGGAAGACAGAGUUCAAGGAAUGGAAGAGAGUCAGCAAGAGAUGUUGUCGUUUCUGGUGAUGGUUAUGCAGAAUCCAAGUCUGUUGGUUCAGUUACUUCAACCAAAGGAGAAGAAUUGGAGGAAAGGUGAAGGAGGAGGAGGAGGAGCAACGAUUCUGGAAGAAGUUACAGAGGAAGGAGAAUCAAACUCUAAUGGUCUUCCUGUAGUAACAUACCAGCAGAGACCAUCAGAGGGAACAGCAAAGUCAAGCUCGAGUGACUUGAAUGAUUUUUUGAGAAACGCGGAUAUGUUGAAGUUCUGCUUGGAUGAGAAUCAUGUGCCCUUGAUCAUACCUGAUCUGUAUGAUGAUGGAGCAUGGGAAAAGCUUUUGUUGUUGAGCCCUUCAAAGAAGAAGAAGAAUAUGAAGAAAGGUAAGGAUGAUGGGACAUUGGAGGAGGAGGAGGAGUGUGAGCCGAUGGAGUUAGACAAGAGCGGUACGUUGAAGCUGAUACAAGAGGAAAUGGAGAGAGCAGAUGAGUUUGAUUUUGGACAGCUUACUCCAGAGAGGUCUAGGAAUCUUGAGAUUCUAACACAGCAGAUAGCAUUGAUGGCUUCAAAUGAAUAGAAAGAGAAAAUGAUGAGUUUUUGAACAUAUCAAAACUUUUGUUAGGUAGUGAAAACAUUAUAAGUAGGCUCUGGAGUAUUAUUUUUGACCAGAGCUAUUCUUAAAGAUAUGCUUUAGGAGUUUAGGGUCUUGCUAAAGAAAACCUGGACUUUCUAUCUA